AUGGCUGACGAUAUCUGUCCCCAGUCAACUGAACCGACUUUGUCUUUUACACAGGGUCUGAUAGUUGGGCAAAUCUCAGUGGUUCUGGUGUUGGCUGCCUUCAUCAAAUUCUUCAUCUUUGGUGACCCUCCGUCACCAGAUGUUACAGCUUCUCUACGAGCUACUGAAAGACGGUCAAGGACACUUGCUCAUAAGCGCUCGCUGCUAAGUCUAAGAAGCUCUGGGAACCGUCAAGAUAGAGAACUCAGCCGCAAGAAGUCAACUGUCCUUAGGAGCCCUCCUGCACUUACCAUUGGGUCAAUCCUAAGCAAGACGUACUACAAUGUCGACAGCCACCAGCCUGAGAGUUUGGACUGGUUCAAUGUUCUUAUUGGACAGACUAUUGCUCAGUUCCGCAGCGAUGCCCAGCAUGAUGAUGCAAUCCUAGACUCUCUUAGUAAGGCCAUGAACGGGGGAUCAAGGCCGGACUUUAUCGACGAGAUCAGGGUCACAGAGUUAAGUCUUGGCGAGGACUUCCCAAUCCUGAGCAAUUGUCGAAUCAUUCCUGUUGAUGAGGAUGGUGUGAGCCUGGGUCCUGGAAAGAAGUUCGACCCGGACACUGCAGCAAGAGAUGGUACGCGUCUGCAGGCGCGGAUGGACGUUGAUUUAAGCGACAUGCUUACCUUGGCUGUGGAAACAAAGCUUCUCCUCAACUAUCCGAAGAAACUCUCCGCAGUACUUCCUGUCGCAUUGGCUGUCUCUGUGGUCAGGUUCAGCGGCACUCUUUCAAUCUCUUUUAUACCAAGCAAUCCCUCUCAGUCCACCCCCACAAGAAUGAUCUUCAACUUCCUGGACGAUUAUAGAUUAGACUUCUCUAUUCGAAGUCUUCUCGGCAGUCGUUCUAGAUUGCAGGACGUCCCCAAGAUUGCCCAACUGAUAGAAGCUCGUCUGCACCGUUGGUUUGAUGAGCGAGCUGUUGAGCCGCGAUUCCAGGAAAUUGCCCUUCCAAGCCUAUGGCCGAGAAAGAAGAACACGCGAGGGCCGGAUGACGGCCUCGCCGAAGGAAGUGUUCCCGUUGGCCGGUCAAAGGGUAAGGAUAGCGGUAGGGACCCGAGGGAGGAGACACGGGGAGGAGAUGCAGAAAUUAGGGAUCGAGGAACGAUUCGGCAAAGGCGAGGAACGAGAAGUAGUGACGGAGAUGACUUCUCGAUGCCAGGAUCUCUCCCGGGGUUUCAGAUAGCAGCGUAA